GUCUCUUUCGUUUAAAAUAAUCUUUUAUAAAUAACGGUUAACAUGGAGUCGGCUAUUGUCCAUCUCGAGCAAAGCGUACAAAAAGCUGACGGAAAGUUGGAUAUGAUCGCUUGGCAAAUUGACGCUUUUGAAAAAGAAUUCGAGGAUCCAGAUAGCGAGAGGCCGAAUUUUACAGCUGCAACCAUGCGUCUCGAAAUUCUAUGCCUGUUAUUUUUCGCAAGCGUGCUAGCAGUGAAGGAAGUUUCAGCCCAUGGAAGACUGAUAGAACCGCCAUCGAGGGCCUCGAUGUGGAGGUACGGUUUCGAUACUCCUCACGAUUACAACGAUCACGAGUGCUACUGCGGGGGAUUCACCAGGCAGUGGCAACGAAACAAGGGAAAGUGUGGAAUAUGCGGCGAUGCCUGGGACACUCCAACGCCUCGUCUACACGAAACCGGCGGGAAAUACGGAAACGGCGUGAUCGUCCGAAAAUACCGAACAGGUUCGGUGAUACCGGUCCGCGUUGAGCUGACAGCGAAUCAUCACGGGUACUUCGAAUUCCGUACGUGCGCGAUGACCUACAAGGGGAAGGAAGUUGAUCAGGAUUGUCUGGACCAGUAUCUGUUACAAUCGAAGAACGGAUCGAUCAGAUAUUAUCCUGGCCCGGGGAAUAAGAUUUUCGAGGCUUUCUACAAAUUGCCAGACAAGCUGACUUGCGCUCAAUGCGUCUUUCAGUGGAGAUACGUGGCUGGAAAUAAUUGGGGCGACUGCGGAAACGGAACAGGAGCUGUGGGUUGUGGUCCUCAAGAGGAGUUUCGUUCUUGUGCCGACAUUACCAUCGGAGAUGACGUAGAGCCUUUACCGACUGCACCCUCUACAGAGCCACCAUCGAAAUCGGCUCCGGGAGAAAAAUCGCCGACAGAGCCGACUUUGGUGCCAGAACCAAGUGGGCCGUAUUGGUUAUACAGUAUCAUUAUCGCUGGUACGUGCCUGCUGGUUGUACUGGCAGCUAUGGCGUUGCUUUACUCUUAUUAUUAUCACUCUGGUCGAGCCAAAAAGUGGCUUAUGUCGAGGCGGGUAUUGACACCUGAAAGUCCACCUGUCGCUCCACCGAGGCAUAAAAAAUACAACACGUCCAAUGCACCAUUGCAGCUGUAG